AGUGCGUGUUCUAGCGGAUCGUUCCUGGAUAUCCUCGAACGAAUCACAGUGCUGGAGUCGCAUAUAAAAUGGCCGCGUCGUGGCCGCGAACUCCGAUUAGCUUUGAAACCAUCCUCACUCAACUAUCCCAUCCUCUACACUCUUAUCGACAAUGUCACCCAGCUCUCAGAACGGUGUGUCCCGGGUGAACCACCACCCGGACUACUAUAUAAAAGAUGGCAACAUAACCUUCCUAGUGGAGGAUACACUCUUUCGCGUCCAUAGGUACUACUUCGAUCGCGAGUCGCAGUAUUUUGUCAGGGAGUUUGCAAAGUCUCCCCAGGAGGGAACCUCAGAUUCGAGUGCGUUUCGACUCAACAAUGUAACUACUGCCGACUUCGCCAAGUUGUUAUGGGUUUGGUAUUGUCCCAUAUACAGACGCGAGAGAAAACCAAAAGACCACUGGCUUGUCAUACUCGACCUUUCUACAACCUGGGAAUUCCCAGAGAUGAAAAAGCUCGCCGUCGACGAGCUCCAAAUGCUCGACAUUGAACCUGUUGAGAAGAUUACCACCUACGACAGAUACCACAUCGACAAAUCGCUGCUAUUACCUGCAUAUAAGCUCCUGUGCAAGCGGGCGGGCAGAUUGUCCACCGAGGAGGGUGAGCAACUCAAAAUGCACACUGUCCUCGGGAUACAGGAAGCUCGGGAGCGCGCUAUCAGGAGCGCAGCGGAGGGCGGAUGUCGAAGCCCGACCUCCGCUGAUGCAGAUGAUGGAGAGCUUGAGAAGAUUUUGAAUGACAUAUUCAGUCUCAAUGGCCAUGUUGCUAACCGACAGGCCUCGCAGUCGCAGGCGAAACCAGACCCAGUACCAAUCAUUAAGAAACCGGAGGUGAAUGGAGCCAAUAAUGGCAACAAGUCGUCUGCAUCGGGUUCUAAUGAUAAUAAGCAGAAAGACGCCGAUAAAAAUAAACAGCCAAAAAAAUGAGUGACGAAUGGACGGGUGACGAAUGUUGCUCGACUGCCCGCUCGACAUUCGUGUCAGAGAAGAGAGUGGAGCGCGCGCUAGUUUAUGCGUCUAUUAUGUCAUUCAUCGAGUCCUUGAUCACAGUAUAGUCGCAUACAUCAUCCUUUUUGUACGAUACCUUUGUCUCCGCAUUUGUGUUCAAAUAUGUACUUUG